AAUUGUAGACCAAGAGACUAGAAUUUUGGAUUCUUUAGCCACAUCCUGACAAUACUUCUUGUGCCUUUCAUCCCCUCCUACAGAGCCUGUGGCACCAACUCAUUCCAAUUCCAAACUCGAGUAUUUGAAACAUGGGCACAUCUCUACUCUUCUCAACAAACAUCUCUCUCAAUUUUUCUCGUUUACCCACAUCACUUUCACCUCCUAGUUACCCAAACCAAUGUCUUCCACAAAGAUUCAAUGCAAAUUCCCGUUGUGGGUAUGCCUCAAUUAACUUCAACACUAAGUCAAUCAGAAGAAAUCUUUGUCCUAAUGCUGUAUUAUCUGAGACUCCUAGUAAUCAAAGACAGUAUGCGCGAGUGGGUGCUCAAUCAACUGGACCCGUACCUCUUAGCCAGCUUAUUCAAGUUGUUGAGACUGCUGCUAAGACUGGUGCUGAGGUGGUGAUGGAUGCAGUCAAUAAGCCUCGUAAUAUCUCAUACAAAGGACUUACUGACUUGGUGACUGACACAGACAAAAUGAGUGAGGCUGCUAUUUUGGAAGUUGUUAGAAAGAAUUUUGGAAAUCACCUUAUUCUUGGGGAGGAGGGAGGAAUCAUAGGAGAUACAUUAUCAGACUAUCUUUGGUGCAUUGAUCCUCUAGAUGGAACAACAAAUUUUGCUCAUGGUUAUCCUAGCUUUGCUGUUUCUGUGGGAGUUCUGUUUCGAGGAAAUCCUGCUGCAGCUGCAGUGGUAGAGUUUGUUGGUGGUCCUAUGGCUUGGAAUACACGUAUAUUUUCUGCAACUGCUGGUGGGGGAGCAUUUUGUAAUGGCCAAAGAAUCCAUGUGAGUCAAACUGAUAAGGUGGAGCAAUCUCUUCUCGUAACUGGGUUUGGAUAUGAACAUGAUGAUGCAUGGGCUACUAACAUUGAAUUAUUCAAGGAAUAUACUGAUGUCAGCAGGGGUGUGAGAAGGCUUGGUGCUGCUGCAGUUGACAUGUGCCAUGUAGCUCUUGGGAUUGUAGAAGCAUACUGGGAAUACCGUCUAAAACCAUGGGAUAUGGCUGCUGGCGUUCUGAUAGUUGAAGAAGCUGGUGGAACAGUAACUCGCAUGGAUGGUGGAAAAUUUUGUGUAUUCGAUAGAUCUGCUUUGGUAUCUAAUGGUGUGCUGCAUAGCAAGCUGUUGGAGAGGAUCGGACCUGCAACUGAGAAACUGAAAAGCAAAGGAAUUGAUUUCUCACUGUGGUUUAAGCCGGAAAAUUACCACACAGAUUUUUGAAAGCCCAUAAUUCUAUUCUUGUUCAAUCCUUUGCAGCAGCAAACAGGUGCUACAUAUUGUACCUUCAGUAGUUAUCAUCUUCUCUAACAAUGUCUUAGUAUAUAUUUGGUUUAUUGUUUGUCAAUAUUGCGCAUUUAAAUUCAGCAACUCCUUGUCAAUGACAGCCUGCAUCUAUGCUAUACAUUGUUUAAAAUAAAGGACUUAAUGUUAAUCCUCUUUUCUUGUCA